GGAAUGUUUGCCAAUUACCAGUUUCAUCUACAAUAAAAGCCACACCGUUAAUAUUAUAAAGAAAAACUCAGGUUAGAAAGCUAUUAGUAUUGGUACUGUCCAAUGCACAAAUUAAGGUACAAUUCAAGUAUGAAACACGCUUAACGACAUUCGUUCACAGUCGUUUUUAAUUCGUUCAGAAGCAACAAUUUGACUUGGAAUUGAGUGUCACGCAUACAUUGUGUAUGCCAAAAAAAAAAAGAAAAAAUUAAUAAAAAAGCGUAAAUACGACAAAAUCUAAAAAAAAAAAACAAAUGAACACCAAAAAUUAGUAUAUAAAAAAAUUUUAUUUGGAUAACAUUUAAAAACUCAACUUGCCAAACAGAUAAACAACAAAUUGAAUAUUACAAAAAUUGGCAUUGGGAAGGAUUAACAUUCUGAAUCAUUCCAUAUGAAUCAAAAUCUUAGUAAAAGUACCAAUAUGAGUGGCAGACUCAAGAAUUCAACUCCUCAAACCCCCAACAUAUGUCCGCAAGUUCGUAGCCGACCACGUAACCGCCAAUUUCGUUUAAUGUCGACAUCAGCAAAUGAAGAGGAAUUAUCUUCCAACUCACCGCCCACUAUUCUUAACAUAGUAGUACCAAGUCAUAUAGGCAGUGAAACGUCGGUUGUAAGUGCUGGUUUAAAUGCAGCAUCGUUAAAUGUGGUCGCAAAGUCAUCGGCGCCAUUUGUGCCGUCGCCAAUGUUAGAUUCGAACGCGUACUAUGAGAAUUCUCAACAUCCCCAAUAUGAUUCGUGGCUUGAAGAGUCUAAUUCAAUCAUUAAAUCGUCCACAAAAAAGUGCCAGCCAAAAUCUACCAAAACUGAAAAAUCGUUUUCUAAGGAGCACCACUUUGAAUCUCAACAAUCAGCUACAAUCUGUUAUCCUUUUAAACCCCUACAACAUGACGUAAGCUAUUUGAAGCAGCGUCUUGUCAAGUACCGUGCUGAAACAGAAAGUUGUGGAGAUGCAGCUAAAUUGAAUGGGCAAUUAAAUGAAAUAUUUAUUCGACGCUUGGUAGACAUUGAAAAUAUGGCGAAAGGUGAUACGGAUAUCAAGCUUGUAACUUAUCAGGAAUGGGUGGAUAUGCUAAUGCAAAUCAACGAAGUUAUCAUUGGUAAUAUGACAGAUUUAGAGAGCGAGGUUGCAGAGAAGCUAGAAUGCAUGAAACGUCGGAUUCAAUCCAGCUGUAGUCAAACCAGCAAUAAUGAACAUAAAUAUCGUCAGGACAUUUGUUCGCUAAUGAAACUCAUAAAAAACGCAUAUCAUCACGAUAACUGGGAUAUUGAGGGGCUUGAAUUUCAGACUGUAAAUCUACCUGAAAUUUUGGGCACGAGAAAUACCACUUGUUCGGACCUGCAACAACCAAAUAUUAUGACGCUAGAAUGCGGCGAAGAUGAUCGAGACUCCCCCAAUAGGUGUUGUCUUAAAGAGUCCGAGUGCGUUUUGCAAAAUGUUAUAUUUGAUCCGCCUGAUGUUAGGGGUGGAGAAAAUGAUCAACAUUCGAGCUGCGUCGCCAGUUGCGCUAAUACCUGCAAACUAAACGAAAACGUGCAAAAUGUAACAGGUAACUCAUUAGAUCCAUGCAAAACGAGUUGCCUUCCAAAUCAAUAUAACUCCAAUUCGAAUUUGCGUGCUUUAGCGGAGGAGGUAGCCGAAAAACAUGAUGAAAUCUGUGACUUAAGGCGACAAAUUUCCUGCUUAGAGGAUGAAAUACAGAAGGCGCAACAAAAGAUUCAGCUAAAGGACAAUGUUAUAAAAGAGUUGCGAAAUGAUUUGAAAUGCGUCAAUACCAAGCUAAUUGAUAACGGUUUAAGUAUUUGUGGUACAUGUGCAGGAGCUUCGUCCAAUGAUAGUAUGCCACCGAUCAACUUGGAGGAACUGUCGUCACGAAGUGCUUCGACACAAGUGUCUGCUGGGUUAAAGUCAUGCAACCAGGUUUCAUUUAUUGCUGAAAAUUUGUCAUAUGAUUCAUUGAGUAAUGCCGGUCAAGUGGAACAACAAAAGCUAAAAGCUCUCGAAAUUGAAUUAAACGAACUUUUUCAAGUUACCAAGGAGUUUAAAAGCCAAAAUCUAGAAUAUCAUCGAAAGCGACUGUCGGAUAUUUUAAACAAAUCAGAAAGUGAAAAAGCAGAAGCCUAUAGAAAGUUAGACUCCAUUCGCAAGCAGCUCAUUAACUUAGAAGCUUCUACCGCAAUGUCGUUUAAAAGCUGCUGCAAUGAUUCUGAUUCAGGCUUUAGCUCUAAAUGCGACAGUGAUCAGGAUGCUAAGAUAUUUGAUGCUCUUCGAAAUCGUUUACAACGUCUAAAUGAAAUGAACAUGGCACUGAAUCAUCGCGUUCAAGCGCUUACAAUUGAAAAUAAUGCAGAACUUUCGACAUGCUUAAAAACAGAGCAGACUUUUGCAAAGAGGAAUAGUGAUACACUAAAGACUCUAGCUGAUAUGAUUUGUGGAAUGUCGGACCAGGAAUUUGUCUACGAUGAUAUUUAUAAUAGAAAUUCUGAGUCUAACCCUUUCUGUCAAGCCAUCAUGAAAAUUAAAUACGAUUUCGAGGAAAAGGAACGUAAACUUAUGAAUAGUUUAUCAAUGAAACACGAACAGCUGGCGCAACUACAGAAAUGUCAAAUUUGCAAUCAGCACGAACUCGAACAAUUAGACAGCAAAAUAACAUUGAACGAAAAUCUUCGAUGCCAGGUACAGCAACUGCAGGGUACCAUUUUGGAAAAAGAGCAAUGUAUAGGAAAGCUAAAUAGUAUGCUGGAUCAACUGCGAUGCGAACAACAAUGUUCCAACGACUGUUGUCUCAAGGCUAAAGACAAGGAAAUACGAGAGUUGUGUCAGAAGUUGGAACAGGCGAAUAAGAAAGUUGAAUCACUUGUAUGUGAACUAGAACAAAGCCAAAAACAGGAGCGGUUUUUGCUUUGCGAAACUCGUAAACUGAACGAAGAAUUGAAUGACAGUAAACGGAAACACGAUAACUUAAGUACGCAGAUGCAUCGAUUAAACAAACUAUUGAAGUCACAAAAUGAUUGUCGGACAGAUAUUUGUAAAAAAUACGAAGAACUGGAACGGAACUAUGAGGAUCAGGCGAAACAGUUACGAGCCGCCUGUGCGCAAAUGAACUGCCUACAAGAACGUUUAGCACUGAUGGAUAAACGACAAGAGGAGCAUAACAUGGAGCGUAAUCUAUUAAGAGAUGAGGUACUUGCUUUGAAAGAAAAAGAGGCGAAAUUAUUAAAUAAACAAAGAUGUCUGGGGGAUAAAUUAUUGAAGACAGAAAAUGAAUUAUAUACGGCUCACGAUGUAAUGAAGGAGCAGCAACAUAUCAUGCAACGCAGUGAAUCAACACAAAAAGACUGUACAAAGCGACUUCAAGAGGCGAACAAUGAGCUAAAGCGACAAUUCAACGUACUUUGCGAUGACUACAAGCAACUCGAGAAUGAGUACAGAAAACAAUGUGAUCUACGCAAACAAAAUGAGAAGGUUAUUGACUCAUUUCGAAAAUGGAAGGAAGCACAACUUAAAGCAGAUGAUGCGACUCGAGCAAGUUUUAAACAGUAUGAGGGACACAUUAAUGGUACCUCUUGCACAUCUCGAUACUUGCAACACCUCGAUUCUUGCAACAAAGAAAUAUUUUAGAUUAUGUACUCAGCACUUGCGAAAUCCAAAAAAUUUGACCUCGAUACUUGCGACAAGACUUUGUUGAUUUUCGUAACGGUUCCUUAGUUCGAAUACAUUUCUGAGAAGUCCCGCUUUUUCGAUAAUGAAUUCUUGUAACUCUUACGCAUGUGCGUUUCGGGAGAUUUGAAUCAGUUUUAACUGACGUUUUAUGUAGUGCGGUUUCAUAAUGGCAAGGAAAAAAAUUACGAAAAAUGAAGCCACCAUAAAAAAGUUCGUGUCGCAUGCUGAAUCUGGUCCUGGAAAGAGGAAAACGUUUAAACCAUAAAAACUUCCAAAAAAGGAAAAAACACUCAUGAAAUGGUUUGCAAAACAACGAGUAAAGAACUUACCUAUCACGACUGAUAUGCUCAAGGUAAAGACCAAAUUUUUCCAUGCAAAAAUACAGAAAAAGCCAGGAGACUUUCGUGCUAACAAUGGGUGGAUCACAAAUUUUAAAAACAGAUAUGGAAUACGAACACUAAAAAUAUGUAGCGAAAAACUUUCGAAUAAUACUCAAUCAGUUCAUCCAUUUUUGCAAAACUUAAAGAGAAAAAUACUGAUUUAGGUUCGAACAAGGAGCAGAUAUGCAAUGCCGUUGAAUCUGGCCGCUUUUGGAAGCUUCUGUCUGAUAGAACUCUUGUGCGCUCAAAAGAAACUUCGGGUCCGGGACAUAAAGAAAGAAAACUUUUCUUGUUUGUACGAAUGCGUCUGAUAAUCAUUGAGUAAAAUUGAUGGUUAUUGGGAAAUCAUUGAAUCCAUGCUCACUUGCUUGGAUGACCUUGACUUUAUUUGAAGAAUGGUUUCUCAAAACAUUUACUCCAGAGGUGUGUAGAUGUUUUGUUUUAAAAUAUUUAUCUUAUCAAUUUAAAAUUUCUUAAAACUGCAGGUAAAAGAGUUUCUCCACGGCGAAAAUCUUUCCGAAAAGGCUAUUUUCCUUAUAGAUAAUGCUCGCUGUCACCCCAAAGAAGGAGAAUUAAAGAGUACUGAUGGUCAAAUAUUGGUAAUGUGUCUUCCUCCGAAUUGUACUGCUGUUAUACAGCCCAUUGACCAGCAUGCCAUAAGGCUUACGAAAAUGAACUGCAAAACAAGCCUUUUAGGUCACAUCAUUCGACGAUGAAAAUCAUAGACGAAGCUGUCAAAAAAACAGCUUGAAAGACGCAAUAUGUUUAAUGUGUCUUCAAUUCGGUCAUCUUUCCAAAAAUGUUUUGACAUAACAACAGAAUGGGAUUAGGAAGAGGACAUCCCUCUUUCAGGGUUACGUUUACAGCUAGCUGAAAAAACAUCAAAAAUUCACACCAUUUAAAGUUUGCUUCAAUAAGUAGAACUAUUGCAGAAAAUAUCCAAUUCUGAAAUUGAUAACGCUUCCUUAAACGAUGUUAUGACGCUUCAGAGGCUCAGAAGCAACGUAGUACUGAACAAGCAAGCCAAACAUUAAAAAUUUCAAAUUUUUUUAAUUCCACUUAAUAUACACAUUCGUUUAUUUUAUAUGAAAAAAGAUACUCGGUACUUGCAACAUCCUCAAUACUUACAGCAAGCUCGGUUUUCAUUACGUGCAAGAUUCGAGGUACUACCGUAGUGGAAUUGCUAGUGCUAAUUUACGUGUAUUCCUUUCUUAAAUUUCUUUCCUUUAUUCAUUUUUUUUCAUUUUUGUUACCAACUGUUUGCGUGUUCUUAUAUUUCGUGAGUUACAGUGCAUCUCAAACUACUCGCUACAUUGGUUGUGACCUCUGAUAACCAAUUAUAACCUUAUUGCAUUUAUUUAUUACAAAUAUAUUUUUAUCAUUGCUCCUUUUACUUUUAUUAUUUACAUUUUUCCUAUUUUUAUUUAAUAUUGUUUUUUACAUAAUUAAGUGCAAUUUCCGAACUGUACUGUGAAAGGCGAGUCGAAUCGUUUUAUCUCUUGCUGGCUAUGUGACGAGCUUGCCCAUCUUAAAUGUGCUGGACUUACGGGUAGAAUGUUAGAUUCUAUUCUUGAUAUUAAGGGUUGUCCUUGCAUAAAAUUUAGACCUACAGGAAUUGACCUAUUUAAGGCAGGCGCGGAAUAAAUUCAAGAAAAUUAGCCGUGAACUUGUAACCUUUACAGAAAAAUGUAGGCAUUAUGAAUUAUUGUUUCAAUCAUUUAAAUGCCUGAAUGAUAAAGAAGAGAGACCACUGAAUCUUUCUUAAAACAAAAGGCCCCUCCUAACAUUCCUCAUUAAUCUUUCAUUCCCUUGUCCUCAAGCAGAGAUUUCGUCAUCAGAAUACAGAAAAUGGGGUCACUGAAAAUGAUAAGCGAUAAAUAUCUCUAAUAUCGGUAUUCUGCUUGAGACGAUGGUCUCAUGUCUCUAAUUGUCACAAUAGUAAUUUAGUGAUUCUGUUAGUCAGGAGACUCAUUUUGGUAUUCUGGCAGAUACAGUAAAGUAGUAUACUGUAUCUGCCAGAAUACCAAAAUGAAACUCCUGACUAACAGAGUCACUAAAUGAAGAUUGUGACAAUUAGAGACAUGAGACAAUCGUCUCAAGCAGAAUACCGAUAUAGUUCUACAAAUUUAAUUGUAAUACCGUGAAAAAAGUAUGUAAGUUUUCAUUUCAAGAUUUUUCACGAAACUUACAAUUUACAUUAAGUAUUAUAUCUCGUCAAAAUUAAAAACGGACGAUACUGAUAUCCGAAAAUGUAAAUGUAAAUACGACAUUUCGUUUUUAAGAUCGACAUAUCCGCCAACAAUUUUCCAUUGGUUCUUGACAGCUCAUUCUAGCCACCUGGUGUCUUUGUGCGGGAAUUCGAGCAUAAACGUAAUAAACCCACUGUGGUUAUUGCUAAAAUAUCAUUUUAUCAUUUAUUUAUUAUCAAAUCUUAAAGGUCUUAAUACAAAACUAACUGAUUUGUAUUUUAAUACUAUUAAUUGUAAUUUUAAAAUCAUUGCUUUCACAGAAUCUUGUCUAAAGCCCCACAUUUUUAAUACGCUUUUAUUAGCUUCACUUGUAUGUUUGCUUGCAUGUUUGUUUGUAACUUUUUCCAGUGGUACUGAAACUUAGAAUAUUUGAGAGAAAUAGCUCUCCAAAAAGAUGCGCUUAAAAUUGCAACGUUUAAAUAAAAGUUUCAACUAUUGUUGGUGACAUUUGUACGCAUACAUAUGUGUAUACUCAAAUACAUAUCCUUAGAGAAGUUCAGAGCACUCGGGAAAAUUUCAACGCUCGUUUACGGCAACAUCCCAAAGCGUCAACCCUUUUUUACAUUGCCUACUCUAAACCGUCAACUCUGAAUAAAAUAAAAUUCUGAAUUUAGCAGCAGUUAAAAUACACAAAUUUGUACACACAAGUAGAGUAGAAAAGUAGUUUUAACUGCACAUAUUACCUUUUUAUUUAUGUUCAGUUGCCUUUUUGUUUUCGUAAGUAUCACAUUACCAAAAUCAGGUCAAAAUAACCGAAAAUUCUAAAAUUACAAGAAAAGGCAAAUAUUUUGGACUUAUUACAAAAGGGUACAAGUGCGGUAGAUUUAGCAGAGCAAUAUGGUGUAACAAAGUCAACAAUUAGCAAGAUAAAAAAAUGAAAAAAGGAGAUUUUGAACUGUGUUAAUAACACAUUUUCCGGUCCAUGAAAAAGAAAGACAUUAAGAGCAUCAGAGUUGCCGAAAAUGGAGAAACGUCUGUACCAGUGGUUUGUUAAGCAGAGGGAAAGGAAUUAUCCGGUAAAUGCAUUAGCGCUCACAGAAAAAGCUAAAGAGAUCCAUCUAAACCUGAAAGAAAAAGAAUGCAACGAAUUCAACGCAAGUGGUGGCAGGGAUUUAAAAAAAAUAUUUGGAGUUCGUCUGAUUAAAAUAACUGGGGAAAAGCUAUCUUCGCAACCUUCGCUUAUCAAAUCAUUUAAAUUCAAGCUGAAGCAAAAAAUUUGAGAAAUGGAUCUAUCCCAUGAUCAGCUAUACAAUGCUGAUGAAUCUAAAUUGUUUUGGAAAAUUUUGCCAGAAAAGUCUUACGUACCAUGUACCGAAAAGACUGCUCCGGGAGUAAAAACUGAAAAUCAACGCGUCAUUUUUUAUUUUGUGUCAAUGCUUGGUGGGGAUUCUUCUUCUUCCUAAUUGCCGUAGACACCGCUUACGCGAUUAUAGCCGAGUUAACAACAGCGCGCUAGUCGUUUCUUCUUUUCGCUACGUGGCGCCAAUUGGAUAUUCCAAGCGUAGCCAGGUCCUUUUCCACUUGGUUCUUCCAACGGAGUGGAGGUCUUCCUCUUCCUCUGCUUGCCCCGACGGGUACAGCGUCGAAUACUUUCAGAGCUGGAGUGUUUUCGUCCAUUCGGACAACAUGACCUAGCCAGCGUGGCCGCUAUCUUUUGAUUCGCUGAACUACAUAUGCCAAUGUCGUUAUAUAUCUCAUACAGCUCAUCGUUCCAUCGAAUGCGAUAUUCGCCAUGGCCAACGCGCAAAGGACCAUAAAUCUUUCGCAGAACUUUUCUCUCGAAAACUCGCAAUGUCGACUCAUCAGUUGUUGACAUCGUCCAAGCCUCAGCACCAUAUAGCAGGACGGGAAUUAUGAGUGACUUAUAGAGUUUGGAUUUUUUUGUCGAGAGAGGAAAUUUCAACUGCCCUACUGAGUAUAAAAGUUUCAAGUCCCCAUGGAUGACAUCAGCCAUUUUUAGCGGUUGGUUUCACAAAUCAUUUGUACCGCAGGUUAAUUUUUUUUGCUGCAGAGAAAAUAACAUUUUCGGUAGCAAAAAUUUUAUAAUUUUUGGUAACAGAUUUUUUUUAAAAGAAGAACUUGCCUGUUAAUGUGCUGCUCCUCGUCUCAUCCAUGUGAAAUGGAGCUUAAAACUGAAGAUGGAAACAUAAUUGCAACGUUUUUUUCAACCAAUGGAUCAGAACGCAGUCAAAAUAACGAAGCUGUACUACAGAAACAACCUCUUAGCCAUAGUAGCGCAAAAAAUUUAGAUCUAGUAGAGGCAAUGAAAAGUGUUACAUUAAGGUGCUGUUACAACUCUAGAACCCGUAUAGAAUAAAGUAAGCAAAGAUACAAUGGUGAAAUGCUGACAAAAUGAGACAGAUCCGGAGGAAUAUAUUCCGUUAAGUAAACUGAAAGAAAAUAUGAACUCAGACGUUCAGCAGCAAAUGGAGCUUGCUAGAGUUCUGCUUAAUGAACCCUCAGGUUUGUCGAUUUUUAAAAUUGUUUCAACAACACGACAGGUAAUUUUUAAUUGUUUUCUUUAAGAUGACUAUACAGUAUCAUACAUUCAGGAGUGGAAUGAUGAUAUUUUGCUGGAUAAUGUUUCUAAUUCGUGUGAAAUUGAGAAGUUACAAGUGCUCGAUAAUGAGGAGAACCAUUCAGAUACAAAUGUGCAGACAAUAAAAAUAAACGAAGCCGUCAAAAUAUAAAACAGGACGUUAGAUUAGGCUCAAUGCAAGAAUGUUGAGCAAAAUGACUAAAUGUAUUAAGGCGUUUAUGAAAGAAGGCUCUCUUCCAAGUGUUCGAAAAAAACAGAAAAAAAAUAACCGAUUUUUUUGAAAUGCAUAUGUGUGCAUGUACAAUUAAAAUUGUAAUCUCAUAUAAAAUGUAUUCUUUUAGUUCUAUAUUUCUAGUCAGGUUGAAUGCCUUUUUUGAUUCCUUUUUGAAUUUGUUUAUGUUUAGUUUUAGUUUAUAAUUAAUAAAAACAUUCGCAAACGUCAACAAUUUGUUAAACGUCAACACCCGCGGUUUUAAUUAGUUGACGUUCUCGCGAGUACACUGUAUAUACAUACACUCUAUGUACAUCAGAAAAUUUUAAAUGCAAAGAUGUACCUAAAGACGCAAACCUGUGGUAGCAUAAAUUUAGAAUAAUACCACACCAAAAGAAAAAAAUUCAAACAAUUACUUUCAGGUAGUCGAAUUUGUUGUUGCAAUUGCAAAGCCAUGCUUAAAAUAGAAGUUUUGUAGUAAAAAUUCAGAUGUUUACCAUCAAAAUGCCGACAUUAAACACCUACGAAAAAUAACUUCAAUGAAAACUCGUUUUUUGUUCUAAAUUUAGGAUGUCAUGUCGAUGUGCACUCUUUAGCAAUUGUCACCGGAUCUAACAGCGGAGAGAACGUCUUAACUGUGUUCAUAUUUCAUAAUAUUGGUAAAUCUCAUAAAAGAAAAAGCUUGAUUCUAUCAAUAUAAAAUAAGAAUUCGAAAAAGAUUAAAUACACAGAAAAAAUAGUCUGUCCUAAUUUUUCCAUCUCUCUACCUGCAAGCAUGGCGGCAAAGGAGACAAUACGCUGUCUACGCAUGCGUCCCGUAUACCCUCUUUCCGGGUUGACCACUGGAAGUGCUAGUCAAGAAUAAUAGAAAUGGAUAAAACCAUUUUUACCAUUACUUUUUUGGUUUCACUGAGACACCAUAAAUAUCAGGAUACAAUCAAAUGAAAUGAAUCAAAACAGUCGAAGUAUACGGUUGUGUUAAUAUAAAAUUAUAAGCAAAACAUAUGUACACACAUUUCCAAAAAUCAUUGGUCAAUUGUUCAUUAUAAAUUAAUAAAUUAAAUUUAUUCAACGAGUUGUUUAUACAAAAAAGCAACAAAAUUCAGUGAAAGAAUGGAAAAGUCAUCAGAACACUUAAGCGAAUUAGAGGAAAUAAAUGAGAAAAGAAGGCUCUGCAUGAGAACUCGUUUGCAGCAAGUGCGUCAGCAUUUAGCAGAGCCCCGAGCCUCAGAAAGCUGACCAUCAGAAUCAAAGGAAGCCAGAGAGACUAGUUUGCAGCUUGUUUGCCAGCAUACAGCAGAUACCCGAGCCUCAAAAUCAGAGAAAGCCAGAGAGGCUCGUUUGCAGCAAAUGCGGCAACAAAACUCAGAGCUCUGAAGUUUACGUAAAGCUAGUGUAAUGGGCAUUAGGCAGACAAUUAACUCGUUUUCUGAUACGAUAUAUGUAUGAACUCAUAUUUGCCUAAUGAAUUAAAGCAAAAAAAAAUGGAAGGUUGAUUGCAAUCGUUGUAAGCCCCAUUUAAAUUUAAUGAAAAAUAUUCCAACAUCUAAAUCUUAUUGGAACAAUCUGGAUCCAGGCCCAGCCGAGCAAAGGCUGAUUUCAGGUAAUAUUCCAUUUGUCAAAUUAUGAAAUUAAGUGCAAUAUAGUUUUCGGGGUCAAGCGGUGCAUUUUAUUCGUUUUUAAUUAAAUCAAUACAAGGGUUUCAGGUUUUUUUUAAAUUUAAUUCAAUAUUUAAGUAAAACUAAAAAUAGCAUAACACAAUAAAGAAAUUCAAUAUAAAAUAAAAUAAAUGUAAAUAUAAGAAGUAUGCAAAAAAAAUAUUAAUUGAAUGUCAAAAUUGCUAUUUAAAAAUAUUAUUUGAUCAAGCUUUUGACCUUUUAAUUUGUUUCUUCUGUCAUUUAUUAUUUGUCAGCUUUAGAGAAAACACUUUCAAACGGAACUGAAGUAGCGGGUAUACAUAAAUAUUUUUAUGUUCAUUAACACUGGUGGCGUUGUGGCAAAUAGCUUUUGCUUCCACCACUUUUUGGUACAGUAGAGUUCAAAGAGAUAAUUCAAUUUUAUCCACGCAAUUCUAUUACUGAUACUUUAGAAUCUUUUCGAUUUGGCAUGCAUCUUGUCAGACUCUAAUUGUCUAAGUCGUCGCGAAAUAACUUCCAUAAAACUACUUUUUAUGCAUUACCGGUCCGUAGUUUUCAUUUCAUGAGAUUUAAUUGUAUUAUAUAUUGGAGUUCUCUGACGAAAAGUAAGAAUCUCAUAAUCGUUCCCAUUCUGAUGGACAGCGGUCCUUUAUCAAGCAUAUACCUUCCAUCAUGAGAUGGCCAGAAUUCCAUCUAGUAGCAACAUUUUGCUUCAUCUUAAAUUCGCUUUUGCUUGCUUUUAAGUUUUUCUGUUGCUUCAAAGCUAUGAUUGAAACAUGUUACUAACGCUCUGCAUUUCGUUAUAAGCUCUGAAAUCUGAGGAGCAUCCUUUAUGACAUCAACAACGCAAAAUAUAGGGUGUGAGCCACACAUAGUAGGUUUUUGUAAGAUAUUACUUAUCCCUUUUUUGAUAUUUGCACCAUUAUCGCUUUCUAUCGUAACUAUUUUGUUAAAAUUAAAUUAACCACUCGUCAAAACUGUUUUUUAAUUCUAGGGAUAUAUUUUGCACAGUAUGGGAGCCGAACACUUCUUUAGUUGACAGAACAGCGGAGUUCAUUUUAUAGUAUUUUCCCAAAUAAAAUGACUAGUAACAGACAAAAAAAACAGUUCUGGUUCUGGUUCUAACAGUCCACAUAUCUGUUGUUAUAGAAAUGUGUGAAAUAUUUUGCAAAAUGGCAUGAAGCUUUUUUCAUGCUUCAUUAUAUUUCGCAGGCAAAGAAAGUUGGAAAGAAGUUUCCUGUUUGAGAUGGAAUACAAGGACUGAAGCUUUUUUGUAUAUUCACGGAAUUCUUCAUUCGACAUUCUGGUUCUAACAGUCCACAUAUCUGUUGUUAUAGAAAUGUGUGAAAUAUUUUGCAAAAUGGCAUGAAGCUUUUUUCAUGCUUCAUUAUAUUUCGCAGGCAACAUCGUGUUGGAAAGAAGUUUCCUGUUUGAGAUGGAAUACAAGGGCUGAAGCUUUUUUGUAUAUUCACGGAAUUCUUCAUUCGACAAUAGAAAGUGGUAGCAGAUUUUAAGAUAUAAGAGAUUCAUCGACACUUCUCUUUUCAGUUUCUGAAAGCUCAGAUCGCGUGCUUGUAAGAGAGGGCAGUGCAAGCCCUUCUUUUUAAUAGUGAUAGAUGCCUUCGUCGUAAGUGAUCAUUCAAAUUUGAUGUAUAACCAGAAGGCCUUCCUUACUUGUUAUUAUUAUUGUAUGCACAAUGCAUGUAAAUGCAUAUGUCUGUUUAUGUACAUAUGUAUGUAUGUAUGUAUAGAUAUAUGUAUGUUUAAUGAACUGUACUCGUAUAUGUUUUUACGUAUUUAUGUAUUAUAAUAUAUCGGCUUUGCUGACACUAAACAACCAGUGAUUCCAAUAGAAAAUACUACAAUUAUAAAUUUUAUAGCAAUAUAUAUAUUAGUAGGGGAGCCCGGAGUGCUAAAUUUGCAGUUACUGGAGCGUCAUGGAGACUUACUAGAUUGUCAAGAUAACGUUUAAAAAAAAAGAAAGUCCAGGUGAAGUUUUAGUGGGGAGAAGAGCGGGUAAUUGGUUUCAAAAAGUAAAAAAAAAACAGUCACAUGAAAAUACUCAAGCGCGUCAGUCAUUUAUGGUAUAUACGCGCAUUGUAUUUCUGAUAGUCGAUAUAUAUUAAUCUGACAAUCAAGUCAGGGUUGAAGGCCGUAAUGGAAGGUUAAAAAAAAAAAAAGUUACUCGAUUUUCAAGCGAAUGUUAAUGAACCUCUAAAAAGUGUACCAUUUAAAUCUGACAAUUUCGACGUGGACAAAAGUCAUUUAUUGAUUUUAAAACUUGUAAAAAAAGGUGACCUUGAGAUACUCGAGCGAGUUAAUACUUUAACCUUUAACCACAACCUUCUCUUCCAGUAAACAUUAAAGAAAAAUCAUCAAAACAACUUUAUCUUAGAACAAUAGAAGCGCACUAUCAGUACAACAAACAAUAACAACCCAAAUAGUUAUUUACUAGUAAACAACUAGCAUCUCAAUAGUAUGAGCAGCGAUAAGCAUAGCCUAUAUAAGCAACUGGAACAAUAGCCUCGAGGUCACUUUACCAUUAUCGACUGCCGAGUAACAAGUUACCACUUGUAACACUUGUACAGAUAAGUGUAAUAUAUUCAAUAUUGUAGUACAUGUGUAUACGUUGAAAUAUUAUACAAAUAAAGGAUCAGUCAGAACCAAUCUCAUUGGCUGACUUAAAAUUA